GAAGCUGCUUGUGCUACACCACUGAUUUGCAGUGUAGGCAGACCUAUUGAUCUGGAGAAGGACGACUACCAGAAAGUCAUCUGUAACAAUGAACACUGUCCAUUUAGUACCUGGAUGCAUCUGCAGUGCUUUUAUGAAUGGGAAAGCAGCAUACUUGUUCAGUUCAACUGUAUAGGUAGAGCACGAAGCUGGAAUGAAAAGCAAUGCCGUCAGAACAUGUGGACUAAGAAGGGAUAUGAUUUGGCUUUCCGGUUUUGCUCAUGCCGUUGUGGUCAGGGACACUUAAAGAAGGACACAGAUUGGUAUCAGGUGAAACGAAUGCAAGAUGAAAAGAAGAAAAAAUCUGUCUCUGAAAAGCCAAUAGGCCGAUCUGUAUCAGAGUCUUCUGAUGAUGCAAAAAAGUGCCGUGCUACAACAAAGCUCCAAAAAGGACUGACCUUUGACCCUCCUCGAAGACAUUCAGUGGACAGACAGAACUCCCAAGAAAAGGGUAGCAGUGGAGGAUCACAUGGUCUACGUUCUCCAUGUGUUUCUCCUGGCCAAUCUCCUCCUGCUGGCUACCCCAUCCUUUCUCCUUCUCACUUCAAUGUUCCACGCAGUUCUAGAUAUUUAGGAGAAUUUUUAAAGAAUGCAAUUCAUUUGGAGCCUCAUAAGAAAAAUAUAGCCUCUGGAGGAGUGCUCCGGAACACCCACUUUGACUACAGUGUUUCUGGAUUGCAAACUCACAGGUCUGGGCGUUCUGAUGCACCAGUGCAGUUUCUCCGGAGACUUGACCUUUCAGAAUUAUUAGCUCAUAUACCCCGGCAUAAACUGAAUACUUUCCAUGUACGUAUGGAGGAUGAUGCACAGGUCGGACAAGGGGAGGACCUACGGAAAUUUAUUUUGUCCGCUCUCAGUGCCAGUCAUAGAAAUGUAGUCAACUGUGCAUUGUGUCACCGAGUGCUGCCUGUAUUUGAGCAGUUCCCACUGGUGGAUGGGACAUUAUUUCUCAGCCCUUCUAGGCAUGAUGAGAUUGACUAUGAUGUACCUUGUCAUCUUCAAGGAAGGCUUAUGCACCUGUAUGCUGUAUGUGUGGACUGUUUAGAAGGAGUUCACAAAAUCAUCUGCAUCAAAUGCAAAUCUCGAUGGGAUGGAAGCUGGCAUCAGCUUGGAACGAUGUACACUUAUGAUAUAUUGGCAGCUUCCCCAUGCUGUCAGGCCAGACUGAAUUGCAAGCACUGUGGAAAGCCUGUCAUUGAUGUACGCAUUGGAAUGCAGUAUUUUUCUGAGUACAGCAACGUUCAACAGUGUCCACACUGUGGGAAUUUAGACUACCAUUUUGUGAAGCCAUUCUCCUCAUACAAAGUACUAGAGGCUUAUUGA